CACAGCAAAAGUUUGAGACAGCUGUCGCGCGUUGCUUACGUCACCGGAAAGCACGUCACUUCUUCGCGACCGAGGCGGGCGAUUUGAGCGGAUCCGCCACGAUCCCACCCGGACACCGACGGUUUCUGCUGCGGUAUAAACACGCUCGAACCCCGGCUGUGCUCCCCGGUGAAGGUCGGUAUGAAGGGCGGGACACCUCGCAGCGUCAUGUCGGAGUCCAACAAGCCGAGCGACCCGCUGAGGAGACGCUCGCCGCGGUUGAGUUCUCCUCUUCCUCCUCUUCAGGCUAACUUGAAAACAGACAAUAAAAUGGCGGCCGCGUCUUUCGCCGUCAAACGCUCCAUCACAGUGAGGAAGAUCGCUCCCAGGAAAACCACCGCGCCGUCGGAGCACAACAAGGAGAACACGCCGAGGCCGUCUGCGGACAACCAGCAGAAGGUGUCCACCCCGGGUCCCGCCCCGGACCACGGCAGCUCCUCCUCGGCUAAGAAGAAGACGAAGAAGGCCACUCUGCCCUCGCCGAUCCUCCCUCCAUCCCCGCCGCCCUCCCGGCCCCAGGAGUCGGACCCAGACGCCGCGGUGUGGUCCCAGAAAGUGCGCCGGUCCUACAGCCGCCUCGGCGACCGGUCCCUCAACAGCCCGGACCCCCGCGAGACUCUCUUCGGCUUCGAGAAGCUGACGACCCCCGAGGUGGGCCCGAGAGUGCGGAGCUGUAAACCGGGUCUGGAGGCCUCCGGGUCCGUCACCGGGCUGAGCUCCUUCACGUCCCUGCUGCUGCUGGAGGCGGACGACGCGGGUCAGCCCGAGCCGGACCCGAACAUCCCCGGGGUGACCUUGGUGAAGGAGAAGAGGAGGAGGAGGAAGGCGCCGCCGCACAUCGCCCCCGUGGAGCUGGAGGCUCUGGCUGCGGAGAUGAACGCGGUGUUCGAGGAGGCAGAGGAGUUCGAGCUGGUGGUGGAGUGAAGGAUUCAAACUGAGAGACUGAAGGGGAUCCCAUGUUGACUGUGUGUGUGUGUCACUCACAUGCUGGAAAAAAAGACAGACUCUGGGACUGUUUUUGUAUAUUUCUAGUUCUUUUAUAUUGUACAUUUUUGAUUCUUUGGAGUUUAUCUGUUUGGUAUUUUCAUUUACAUGAUCUUGAGGUGGUUGUUUAGGUCGUUAUGUGCAUAUUACAUGUGUAGGUAGACCAGUAAGGUAUGCUCUCCCCCAGUAUAAUUAAAGCCUUUAAACUGAUUAUCUUUUGAAGAUGCAAUAAUUAAUUGGUUAAUUGAUUUGACAGACAUCUUUUCUAUAACUGAUUGUUGUUCUCAUCAUUUUUCAUGCUAAAAAAAGUGUGAUAAGUGUUAAAUAUUCUCUGAUUCCAUUCUCACAUCAGAUCAUUGUAAACUGAAUAUUUUGGGGGGUUUUAUUUGGACAUUUGUUCGAAACCCAUCAACUCAUUUAGAGAUGCCAGGAAACAUAUCGGUGUUACACAGAUUAUAAAUGUAUGUGGAGGCUGUAGGAGGUAUGAAGGUCGUAAAAACAGUUUCUUUUCAGGACUGGUAUGAUCUGAACAUCAUGAAUGAACAGAUAGUUUCAGGUGUUUCUACCCUUGUUGACCGAAGCAGAAUUUUGUAUCUACUUGUAUUUCCACUGCUGAAGAACAACAGAAAUGUGAGCAGCAAUUCAGAGUCUUUAAACCAGAUUGCUCAACUUAAAUAAUGUGUUUACGUUCACAUUGAUCUGACCAAAACAAUCACAAUAGGACCAUAAGACAGCACCUGUCAAUGUUGUUUUUGGAAAGUUUUCUCACAUCUGUCUUAUCUUGAAGAUAAUCUGUUUUUAUCCUUGAUUGACUGCGUGUAAAUAAAUAAUCAAAUUCA